UUGUUUACAGUCUAGCCUCUGUGCCGAGCCCUGAGCGGAGCAGCAGGGAAGCGGGCCGGUUUAGUAACAACCCCUGGCCCAUAUUUCCUUUUCCUCGACACCAGCUGCCUUACCUCUGUAGCUAACCGCAGACUAAACUCUCCAGAAUGAGCUGACGCCGGAGGUUUUCUCUGUUGAGACUGCAAACACGGUGUUGAGGAUGACGGUUGUGAACCUGUCCUUCGCCGCCUGUGGCUUUUUGGGGAUCUACCACCUGGGUGCCGUGGAGGCCUUCCUCCGCAAUGGGGACAAGCUGCUGGGCUCCCUCAGGGCCUGUGCGGGGGCCUCAGCCGGGGCCCUGGUUGCUGCUGUAAUGAUCACAGCUCCUGACAAGUUAGAGCACUGCAAAGAGUUCACCUACGGGUUCGCAAGCAGCGUGAGGCGACAGACGUUUGGAGCCGUCACGCCAGGAUACAACUUCAUGCUCGCGCUGCGAGAGGGGAUUGAAGAGAUUCUGCCUAGCGAGGCGCACAGUCUGGCUACUGACCGCCUCUACGUCUCAAUAACGCACUCCAAAAGUGGCAAGAACCACAUCGUAUCCAGGUAUACCUCCAGGGAGGAGCUCAUAAAGGCUCUGCUGGCGAGCAGCUAUGUGCCCGUCUAUGCUGGACUGAAACCAGUGGAAUUCAAAGGACAGAAAUGGAUUGAUGGAGGGUUCACUGACAGCCUGCCCAUACUGCCCGUGGGACAAACCAUCACCGUGUCUCCCUUUGCUGGAAUGCAGGAUGUUUGUCCUGUCCACAGAGGGUCCUUCAACACUCAACUCCAACUGGCCAACAUGAAAGUAAUGUUCUCCUUGGAGAACAUCAAGCGUCUGAACCAGGCUCUGUUCCCUCCAUCCACCAGCAGCAUGCAGUCUUUAUGUGACGAAGGUUUCAAUGACGCCAUGAGGUUCCUGAAGAGAGAGGCGUGGAUGAGCUGACAGUCAGGCUCCCUCAUGGAAAAGAACUUUUAAGAACAAGCAUGAAGUGCCAUUUACAGAAAGCAUUUUAUUAGUUUUAAUGUAUUUAUUUUCCAGUGUGAUUUUAGUUUUUCUUCAAUAAAUACAAAAAAAAACAAUCAAGA